AGCAUUUUUGCUUUUGCAGGGUAUUGAUUUUUAGCCAAUCACAACUUAAGAAAACUUCUGUAAUGACCAAUCAAAUCCUGCCGGUGUUCUUCUCCUGCAAACCCGGCACUCUAGACCAAUAAGAGUUAAGAAUAACCUCAUUGCUCCGGCAAAAACCUGCAGGGCGGGGUCCAUAUUUUUCUAUCCGCCAUCACGGCAGCAACAGCGGCGGCAAUAUUAUUAAUUUUUAUAUUGAUGAGCGCUCAAAUGAAUACAUUAUUACAUGCCCCAAAUAUUACUGGAGAAAAAUCUAAAGACCCACACCAUCCAGAUUAUGUGCCAUCAAAGUUCGCGUACAAAAAAGAAGUGUUUCAGCAGCAAAAGCUACACAGAUUUGAGCGAAAGGAUGUCUUCUACAUCUAGUCACACUGACACUGAUGCUGACUUUGAUACAGGUGUAGACAAUGUUGAAAAUGAUGCAGAGCUGUGCACAAAAUCUUCACAGACUGAAGUUACAUUGGAAAAAUUGCAGCAAGAAAUUUUUAGUCUCAAAAAGGAAAAAGAAGGCAUUCAAAAAGAGUUAUCUACAGCUAGGGUGGAAUUAUUAGAACUUAAGAAUGAUGUGGUUCAACCUUUAGAAAAUGCUUCAAGCACCAAAUUUUCUUAUAAUACUGUGGUUGCUGAAAAUAUGUUGAAUUUUUAUACUGAGAUUACCACGCCUGGUUUAUUUGAAUGGUUUUUAUCGUUUUUUGUUAGAAAAGUGAGAUAUUUUAGCGAGAAACUUUCUCAUAAUGAUCAUUUGUUGCUGGUGCUUAUGAAGCUAAAACUAGGUCUAUUAAACAAAGAUUUAUACCUUAUCGUUUUGGCUUGA